AUGGCCAACGAGCUUGCUGCGCUCUCCUCUUUGGUAUCUAAAGGCACUGAGACCAUCAUCCAAACGUACUCAGAUCGUGGUCGAACAUUCCCCACGCUCGACGACCCGAAGGGCCCCUCUGCCAUCGAGGAUGAUCGCCAACUCGCGGAAACCAUCAAUAUCGUUCUUGCGGCUGCUGCUCAACUCAUCGAGAUGCUGCGCAAACCGUCGGAUGUUAUCAUGGACACGGUUUACGCAAUGCAUGUCACUCCUGCCCUCAGGAUCGCUGUAGAGACCGGAAUUGCGGAGCUUCUUAGAGAAUCUGAACCAGAGGGCCUUCACAUUGACGACUUCGGUAAAUUUAUAGAUGUCGACAAAGACAAGCUAGGUCGCUGUCUACGGUUUUUGUGUGCACGCCAUAUCUUCAAGGAAGUCAGGCCCAAUGUUUUUGCCAACAACAGAAUAUCGGCUAUGCUUGACACCGGCAAGCCUCAUGAAGCGAUCAGGUCUCGUCCGCUUGAUAAAUUCGAGAAUAUCGCUGAUGGAACUAUGGCAGCCUUCGUGUCUCAUGCUGCAUGCGAUCCUCUGUCUCGGGGCUCUGUCGAAUUAGUGUCAUAUCUACUUGACCCCGCCUCGUCCUACUCCACUGAUCCGAAGAUAACCCCCUUCUCUCGUGGCGUAGGCGAACCGAGUGAUUGGUUUGACUACAUCGAACGUCCCGGCAAUGAAAGACUUCUCAAGAACUUCGGUGCCGCCAUGAACGUUAGCACCUUCUUGUUCCCGAAGGACGUCGUCACAACUGCGUUCGACUGGGGUUCACUGGAGAAAAACGAGGUCGUCGUGGAUGUUGGCGGCGGUAUCGGUAGUUGCACAUUGCCGUUGGCGCGUGCUUUUCCUCACCUUAAGUAUGUGGUACAGGACCGUGCACCCGUCGUCGAGCAGGGUCUCAAGUUCUGGGAAUCCGAGCAUCCGUUGGCCUUGAAAGAGGGACUGGUCCGGCUUGAGGCUCAUGACUUUUUCCAACCUCAACCAAUCCACGAGCCACGUGUCUUCCUGUUGCGGUUUGUGCUGCAUGAUUGGCCAGAUGUGCCCUCUCGACGCAUUUUGCAGCAUCUUCGCCAAGCCGCUGGCCCUUCGACGAGGGUGAUCUUGCUCGAAUGGAUUGUUCCGUAUACGUGCACUGUACCCGACAAUGACAGUAUCAAGAAUGUUCCCGGGAGCGAGUCCCCACCCGUCCCAUACCCCCUUCUUCCUUCGCUGGGGCCUGCAUCCUCUCACAUAUAUUUCGCCGACAUGAGGAUGAUGAACUCCUGCAAUGCUCAGGAGAGGACAAUUGGUCAGUGGAUUAAGGUUGCUGAAGGGACGGGUUGGAAGUUAGAGAGUGUGAAGCGUGGCCCGCUUUGUGCUUUGAUCUAUCGCCCGGAAUAG